AUGUCGGAGUCCUUGGGACCACGGAACCCCCGGUUCCCCUCCCGAAUCCGGGGGGUCCCGAGUGUCCCCCGGGACAAAACCCCACUCUGGGGGUUUGCGGGGGGCUGUGUCCGGGGUCUGGGGGAGGCACAUCCCGAGCUGGGGGCUUCCCGGUGUGACCCCUCCAUCCCUGUUCCCGCAGUCCUGCUGACGGGCGGCAUCGUGGCCGUGGCGGGGCAGUUCAAGGGCUGGUACUUCGCGGCGUAUUCCAUCGCGGCAGGCGUCCUGGUCUGCCUGCUGGAAUAUCCCAGGAGCAAGCGGAAAAAGGGCUCCACCAUGGAGAGGUGUGGCCAGAAGUACCUGACAGCCGUGGUGAAGCUGUUCGGGCCCCUCACCAGGAAUUAUUACGUCCGAGCCAUCCUUCAUGCCGCCCUGGCUGUCCCUGCCGGAUUCCUCCUCUCCACCAUCCUCGGCACCGUCUGCCUGGGCAUCGCCAGCGGCAUCUACCUGCUGGCUGCAGUUCGAGGGGAGGAGUGGAGACCCAUCCGACCUCCCCCCGAUGCCCGCAAGAAGCAGCCGGAGGUGGGGGGGCAGGUGAACCCCAUCCCUGUGGAGGCAGAAUGAUGGGGGAUCCUCCUGCCCCACUGCCCUGCUCCUGCUCCUGCUUCCCAGCUGCUCCUGGAUCCGCUGCAGGGAAGGGGCUCCUGGGGAUCCCCAAAACCCUGGGGGAGCUGAGCUCCUUGGUGUGGGUCCCCAGCUCCUGGUGAUGCUCAGAUCCCUGGGAUCAUUAAAUCCCCCUGGGCUCCCCAAGGGAUUCCCCAGUGAUGCUGUGGGGUCCCCAGCUCCUGGGCAUCACCAGACCCCCAGCAAUGCUCAGCUCCCUGCAGGAUCUCCAUCUCCUAGGGGUCCCCAAAUCCCCAAAGAUGCUCAGCUCCCAAAUUGCCAUGCAUGUGAUGCUCCCUGGGGGGUUUCCAGCCUCUGGGGGCUUCUCAACUUCUGGAGAUUCCCAGAUCCCUGGGGCUGCUCAACUCCCUAUGGAGUGUCCAGCUCCCAGGAGCUCCCCAGCUCCUGGACCACCCCAAACCCCCAAUGAUGUCCAGUUUCCUGUGGGAUCUGCAGCUCCCAAAGACUUCCCAGCUCCUAAGGGUGCCCCAAAUCCUUGGGGAUUCUCAGCUCCCUCUGAGUCUCCUGUUGCCAGGGGCUCCUCAGCUCCUGGGAAACCCCAAAUCCCUGGACGAGCUCAGCUCCCUGAGGGUCCCAACUCUCCAAGAACCCCCCAGUUUCCUGGGGGAUCCCCAAAUCCCUGUGGAACUCCAGCUCUCAGGGAAUCCCCUGCGCCCUGGGGGGGAUCAGGCAGCUCUGCUCCGGCUCUCCCUGGUUUUUGUCAUUUCUGCAGUUGCUGUUGCAAUAAAAAGUGGGAAAGGCACUGGCUGCCCCUGG